GGCAGAUAAUAACAAAAACCCAAAAACGAAAAAGUCUCGCCUAGAGUGAUUAGAGGAAGCCAGCAGUUUCGCUUUUUAGGAGACCAAACACAGAGCACACAAAGAGAAAAAUGAGGGAUAGAUAGAGAAAGCUCAGAGCAUGGAAGGAAGAAAGGAAGAAGAGAGAAGAUGAGAGAAACUAAGAAGUAAGGAAGAAAGGCUGGUAACAAGAGCAAGAAAUAAAAAAAAAAAAGUAAUAAAAGAAGAUAGGGGUCGUUAUUGCAUUUUUUUGCUCUCUGAUGCUUCUGCUUUCUCUUUCUCUUUCUCUCUCUCUCUCGGUCUCUCUGUAACCGAAGCUCAGUAGGUCUAUCUCUCUUUCCAUCUCUCUUUAAAUACUUUUUAGCAGAAGCGUCAGUGGCAGUAAUAGCAGCAGUGGCAGCAACAACAGCAGAAGCAGCGGCAGAAGCUGUAGUAAGAGAAGAAAACCAAAGAAAAUAACAAGAUCUCACUUAUUAGUCUUUCUCUCUCUCUAUAUCUCUCUCAGAAGAAUUUCAGAGUCCCCACUUAUGCCCAUAAGCGCAGUAGAAAGAUUGCUAGAUUUUUAAGUUUGGAUUUUACCUUUUUUUUUCCCCUUGAAUUUUGAGUUUUUGGGUCUUAGAUAAAUAGAUAGAUUGGAUUUGUUAGCAGAAGCAGCAGUUGUGGCUACUACAAGGAGGUUACCUUCCGAUUCUGGAGCUUUUGCAGACUGGGUGGCUUCAUCCUCUACCACCGGCCGUGCCGACGAUCUUUCCCUUGGUUUCAAUGCCGGGGCCGCCGGAGGAGGAAACGGAAGCGCCACUGCAACUGGUGGUGGUGGUGGAACUGGUGCCGGGUGGUCUUCUUCGACUCGGCAGAUUAAUUAUGGGCUCCCGUCAGAUAUGGGUAUGGUGGGUCUUCGUGACGUAUUCGUUGUUGCUCCGGCUUCGUCGUUCCACCACAACCAACAGCACGAGCCUAUUCUCUCCGACCACCACCACCAAAUCAACAAUUCGAACGCUGCCACUGCUCUCGGAGUCGGCGUCGGUGUCGGCGUUAUUCCUCUUCUUACAGCGUCUUGUCUUGGCCCAGCUAAUGUCGGAAUCGAUGAUGGAGAUAAUAUGAACAGUCGUAGUAGAGGUGGUGGAAUUCACUUAUGGCAGAACCAGCAGCCUCAGAAUUAUCUGAAGAAACCCAUGCUGAUCGAUCACAACAAUUCUGCGAAUUUGCUUAGCAGUAGCAACAACGGUGCUUGUGGUGGCACUGGUAGUGGCGGCCUUGGUAUGACUUCCACGACUUCAACGGCCGCGACGUGCCAAGAUUGUGGAAACCAGGCCAAGAAAGACUGUAACCACCGCCGGUGUAGGACUUGUUGCAAAAGUCGUGGCUUUGAUUGUCCUACUCAUGUUAAGAGCACUUGGGUUCCCGCCGCUCGUCGACGCGAACGUCAUCUCUCCGCUGCCGCGGCUGCCGCUGCUGCUGGCUCGUCUGGGUCUACAUCUGCUGUCAAGAAGCCUAGGCUCAUCGCCUCUCAAACUACGACUGCGUCUCACACUUCAACAUCCAACACCACUCCUCCUAGAAGCUUCGACACUAGUUCUAGCCAUCAAGAUGCGAGUUUCCGAGAAACAUUGCCGGGGCAAAUCCGUGCACCGGCGGUCUUCAAGUGUGUCCGCGUGACUGCCGUUGACGACGGAGAAGGCGAGUAUGCUUACCAGGCGGUCGUAAAGAUUGGUGGUCAUGUGUUUAAAGGGUUCCUAUACGAUCAAGGCGUCGAUGGGAGAGAUGGGUUCCCGAAUAUCUCAGACUUGCAUUUAGGGGGUGGGAGUGGCGGUGGUGGGACUAGGAACGGAGCUUCAUCUUCAUCGCCAAUUCUCGAUCCAUCUGAUGUUUAUGCCGCCUCCGGCGGUGGAUUGCUUGGAGGUACGGCUUACGGUAACCCAAUAAAUUGAGUGAGUUCUCUUCCGGAAUGGUGUAUCCGGCGGUGGAUUUAAGUGCUCUCAACGGUGACCGGCAAUGUCGUCGGUUUUCUUAUAUUCAUCUACUGAUAAUGAAUAGGCUUUCAGUAGAGUAUUCUUGUAAUCUGUGUAUCUUUUCUAACUGCUAUGUCUCUAUUGAUCAUUUCAGCUUCUUUGUUUGAUUUUCAUUUUUUUUUUCAUCUUUUUAUUUCUAUUUUCACUUCUUAUGUUAUAGUUAUCUGCAGUCGUCCUUUUACCUAAUAAGGUGGAGCAACUAUUUUAUUCUAACAAUGCAAGAAAUGCCAUUUGAGUAGGGAA